CAGCGCGACUGUCCCUGGAGCCGUCCCGCGCCUCAGACCCGCGAGUCCCCGCCGCUCCGCGCGCAGUAUGGCGCCCCCCAAGGCCCUCGCGUUCGGGCUCCUGCUCGCGGUGGUCACGGCGACGCUGGCCGCAGCUCAGAAAGACUGUGUCUGUAACAACUACAAGCUGACGUCACGGUGCUAUGAGAAUGAGAAUGGUGAAUGCCAGUGUACUUCCUAUGGGACACAAAAUACUGUCAUUUGCUCCAAACUGGCAUCCAAGUGCUUGGUGAUGAAGGCGGAGAUGACUCACAGCAAGUCUGGGAGGAGGAUGAAACCCGAGGGGGCGAUCCAGAACAACGACGGUCUGUAUGAUCCCGAGUGUGACGAGCAAGGGCUCUUCAAAGCCAAGCAGUGCAACGGCACCGCCACGUGCUGGUGCGUGAACACCGCGGGUGUCCGGAGAACCGACAAGGACACGGAGAUCACGUGCUCCGAGAGAGUGAGGACCUACUGGAUCAUCAUUGAGCUCAAACACAAAGAAAGAGCACAGCCUUAUAACUUCGAGAGUUUGCAUACUGCACUUCAGGACACAUUUGCAUCUCGAUACAUGCUGAAUCCGAAAUUUAUCAAAAGUAUUAUGUAUGAGAAUAAUGUUAUCACUAUUGAUUUGAUGCAAAACUCUUCUCAGAAGACUCAAGAUGAUGUGGACAUAGCUGAUGUGGCUUACUAUUUUGAGAAAGAUGUAAAGGGGGAGUCCUUGUUCCAUUCAUCUAAGAGCAUGGACCUGAGGGUGAACGGGGAGCUCCUCGAUCUGGACCCCGGGCAGACUCUGAUUUACUACGUCGAUGAAAAGGCCCCGGAGUUUUCCAUGCAGGGCCUCACGGCUGGGAUCAUCGCCGUCAUUGUCGUGGUGGUGUUAGCAGUCAUUGCGGGGAUUGUUGUCCUGGUUAUAUCUACAAGGAAGAGAUCAGCAAAAUAUGAGAAGGCUGAGAUAAAGGAGAUGGGUGAGAUACACAGAGAGCUCAAUGCCUAACCAACCAUGCCGUGUGCUGCACUGAGGAGGGAGCCACCGGACGGAAAUGGCGAAGAACUCAGGUUGCAAACGGAUAGACCUGGGGAGGAUGGAGACCUUUCGAGGGUCACUGCUUUGUUAGCUAAGCUCACACAUUUGUAACAGUGAAAUUUGUACUCAUAAAUACAAGCAGCUUGACAUUGGCAUUAACAAUCUUAAAAUUAGACGAGUGUCUUACACAUGCAGGUCUGGCGUGGAACUCAGAACUUAGCCUGCCAAGAUAGGAGAGCUUAUGCUUAUUGUUGAAGUGUGUGUGUGUGUGUGUGUGUGUGUGUGUGUGUGUCAUAAACAGCCCACAGUAGAAUACGAUGACUACUCUCAUUUUUGUGAUUAAAGCUGCCCUUCUACACACUGAGUCUUGUACAUAAUAAACGUUUUUUAAUGAAAUAAAACAUUUUUAAACUGA